AAAAACUGAAGCGGAAGUUAACCUAUAACUUGAAAGCGUGUGACGCGUUCUUGUCUCUUCAACGCUUAACGCGAGAACAUCAGAAUAAUUUCUGGUUCAGCGCUGAUUACUUACCUCGACCAGAAAGCAAAAUGGCCACCAAGGAAGUCAACCCGGAAAAGCCCGGACAGGAGACGGCCCCCAUUCACCGCAUCAGGAUCACUCUGACGUCGCGCAAUGUGAAAUCCUUGGAGAAGGUUUGCAACGAUCUGACCGAUGCUGCAAAGAAGCAGAAACUGCGUGUCAAGGGGCCGGUGCGAAUGCCCAACAAAAUCCUUCGCAUCACCACCCGCAAGACGCCAUGUGGUGAGGGCUCCAAGACUUGGGACCGCUUCCAAAUGCGGAUCCAUAAGCGCGUGAUCGAUCUGCAUUCCUCCUCUGAAAUCGUUAAGCAAAUCACGUCGAUCAACCUGGAACCGGGAGUAGAAGUUGAAGUUACGAUUGCCGAUGCGUAAGUUUCUGAUGAACAACAGCUUGCUGUUUACUUAAAACUUAAUCCUCGGUUGUUAAAAUACUAAGGCUCAGUCUUAGCUAUUUCCACAUCUGAGCGUUAAAGUAAUAAAUAAUUUUUCUGGGUA